UCCUGUUCUCUGGGUAUGGGGGCACCAUGGGAAGGGGAGGAGGCCAGGAGUCAUGGGCAGGGCUCCCCAGAGGACCCAGCCUGGUCUGGCCUGGGCUUUCUGCAGUCACUACAAUGGGUUCUUUGUAGGGUCCAGCUGCCUCAUGGUCCACGUUGUGCUGGGUUAGGCCUUCUGGAAGCCUGCCUCGGAAGAGGUCUCCAACCAGGCUUUCCCUUGAGGUUUGACAUCUACAGGAAGGUGCCCAAGGACCUUACGCAGCCAACAUACACCGGGGCCAUUAUCUCUAUCUGCUGCUGCCUCUUCAUCCUCUUCCUCUUCCUCUCGGAGCUCACCGGAUUCAUAACGACAGAAGUCGUGAAUGAGCUCUAUGUCGAUGACCCGGACAAGGACAGCGGGGGCAAAAUUGACGUCAGCCUGAACAUCAGUUUACCCAAUUUGCACUGCGAAUUGGUCGGACUUGACAUACAGGAUGAGAUGGGCAGGCAUGAGGUGGGGCACAUUGACAACUCGAUGAAGAUCCCACUGAACAACGGGGCCGGCUGCCGCUUUGAGGGGCAGUUCAGCAUCAACAAGGUCCCAGGCAACUUCCACGUGUCUACACACAGUGCCACAGCCCAGCCACAGAACCCGGACAUGACCCAUGUCAUCCACAAGCUCUCCUUUGGGGACACACUGCAGGUCCAGAAUGUCCAUGGAGCUUUCAACGCUCUCGGGGGAGCAGACAGACUCACCUCCAACCCUCUCGCCUCCCACGACUACAUCUUGAAGAUCGUGCCCACGGUUUACGAGGACAAGAGUGGCAAGCAACGAUACUCUUACCAGUACACGGUGGCCAACAAGGAGUACGUAGCCUACAGCCACACAGGCCGCAUCAUUCCCGCCAUCUGGUUCCGCUAUGACCUUAGCCCCAUCACGGUCAAAUACACAGAGAGACGGCAACCUCUGUACAGGUUCAUCACCACGAUCUGUGCCAUUAUCGGUGGGACCUUCACUGUUGCCGGCAUUCUGGACUCCUGUAUCUUCACAGCCUCGGAGGCCUGGAAGAAGAUCCAGCUGGGCAAGAUGCAUUGAUGACCCGCCAGCCCAAUGGCCAAGGACCCCGGGAGACUGCCAGCCCUGCUUCCGGCCCCCCAUCUCCUCCUGCCCUCUUAUCUGGCCCAGGAUCUGGCUGCAUCCCAAAGUGGGGGUGGGGGGAGGCAGGGGGCGGCUCACGGUUUCGCAGCUACCUCUUUUCCCCAUCUUUAAUUUGACACGAAUUACACUGCCUGAA